UUUGGCGCGUUUAGCGGAGCAGGCGGCCCCGUGAUCACGCGAGGCUGCGGCCACAGCAGAGCAGGGAACACGAGCUCCAGUCACGUCCAGCAUGGAGGCCCGAGCGCUGCUCGCAAUGGUCGCUGUGGCCAGCGCUGCCACCAACCUCGCCUCUGCGAACCUAGCCCUCGUUGGUCCGUACACUGCGGACAUGUUAGAGCUUAGCGCCUGCGACGAUGGGGAAUACCAAGGCAUUUUGAUCAACAUUUCACAGAUCGUGGACGAAAAAACCAAUGAAACCACAAACACAGGAGCCAUCACUUUGCACUACGACAUUUUUGCGGACGACUUCGAGAUGGAGCUCACGGUAUACAAGUGGGGCAGUACUGGUGGUUGGUAUAAAGACUACAGCCUGCAAUUCGACAAACCUUUCGAGUAUCUGAAGUCUAACUUCCCCACUGUCUUCGAAACUGUUUUCGUGGAUAUAGGCUUCAAAGAGAAGCCAGUAUCUCCGGGGACCUACUACAUUGAUCGAUUAAUGCCACGAGGAUUCAGAUUAAAAAGAUUCGACCUGCUUCCUUACGGGAAGUACAAACUAUAUUUAAAAGGUCUGAAGGACGGUAAAGCAGUGACCUGUAUAAUGACGAUAUGCACUGUCAACGAAGCUGAGUAUACAAAAGGAGUUGGAUUGAAGUCACUAUUUUAAAAGUAUGUAUUAUCAGUGUAAAUUUUUUUGUAAAUUGUACUAGGUAUGUGUCCUAAAUUGUGCAACACAGACUGAGGAGUGUCACUUAUUAUACGAGAUGUAGCACAAAAAUACAGAAAUAAUGUGUACAGCAUAUAACAAUUAAUGUUAAGAGUUAUUCUAUCUUGCUCCUGAAAUAUUAUUGCAGAAUCUUCAGAUCUGUUUUUUCUGCCUCCUGCUGAGGUCUUCUCCCAGUCCUUGCUCAUACCAUGCAUACUGUGCGAAAAAGAAUGCCUCAGCAAUAACUAUAAAGCUUAGGAUCUAAAGAUUAUACAACGAUACUGAGGCAACAAUACACAAGAAAUUCUAACAGUAUCUACAAUUUCCAGGAAUACUUGUGUACAUAUGUAGUUUUUCUUAAAAAUGUGCAAAUUUACCACUGAUUAUGAAAGGAUGCAAGGUUUUCGCAGUUACUAAUUGACACCAUAAAUCCUUACACUGCUGUUUUGUUGAAUAAAGUUCCAAGGCUAAUUACAUGUGACUGUUGCUCGUAAAGGUAAAGAAUAUAAAAGACAUAUGUCUCCCACCUGUGGAUGAGUUGACUGAUUCUCUGAUUGAUUAAUUCCACUAUUUGGCUUCCAGAACACUAUACUACCUCUCCAACAACCAUAUUGUU